GGGGGGGGGAAAUGACCUUUUCUCCUAUUGUAAAUCAAGUUACUAAGCAAAAUACUAUAAAUAUAAGGAAGAGAAAAUGAAAGCACUGUAUAAACCGAUUCAAAGACUCAUUUCUUACUUAUAUACCAUAUUGUUAAAUAAACUCUGCAGCAGAAGAUCUCCAGUACUCUGACUCCAUAACGAGGUAUUGCUUUUGUGUACUACUUUUGUUUGUUUGUUUCAGCUCCGCUGUGUUCACUUUGCAAUUUGCAGCUUGCACUCACUCUUCAGAUUUCAGGGUUACUAAAGAACCAUCAAGUCACCAGUGAAGGCCUGUUACUACAUUUUAGGAAACACUGUAGAGUCUGAACAUUUCCUGGUAUCAAUGGAACUAUACCAACCUUUCUUGAGUAGAGAACAUUCAUUCAUAUAUUUGGUAUGGUAUAAAACAUGUGAAUGUUCUGUACAUGUGGUAGUCGAUCACGUGUGAUCAGAAACUAGUGAAACUAGCCCUAACCUCUACUUCAAGUUAUACGCUUUACAAAGGUACUUUCCUUAUAAAAGUACUCUAAAAUAUAUUUGAUUCACGAUAUCAACAAGACAUCGACCGCGUUGGGCCGAAUGACGCGCGCUCGUUUGGUGGUCACGUGACCGGAAGCUCAAAAUGAAGCGGUCGAGCGUCCUUUUGAAACGAUAACAAACACCGCUGUUUCUCUUUGGUCGUAUAAAGCAUCUAUAUUACACGCAUGUAACGUUACGUAAAAACAACAGAGCCUUUCGCCAUCGCAACGAACCCGUGACCGAGCAGCGAUGAGGCGGAAGCCGAAGGGCCAAAGCACCGCAGCUGGGUAAAUAUGCUAACACCAGAGCUAGCCGACGUUAGCGCGCUGCUUUAUGCGCCUCAUUAGUGUUUAGAAAUGUUGGCAAAUGGCAUUUUCCGCCCUAAUGUGGCUCUGCUCACUGGUUCUUUGGCCGUUCCCCCACUAGCAGCUCCGGCUGCUAAAUACCGCUAGCGUGAGCACAUUGAACCUGUUACUCUGUGAAAGGCUGAAGCCCCGCUGCUCCCUGAGCCCGAAUGUGUUACACCAAUCCUCCACCUUGAACCACCACCCGCGCGCCUGGCCUUUUUAAUGUGAGACCAAGUACUCCGUCAUGGAUGACUCGGACCAGGACUUUGUGGAUCUCUGCUCCAAGCUGCUAAAGCGAGUCCGCAAGAAACCAGGCGAGUCCAUCCAGCCGAGGAGAAACCACAGGACGGAAGCUGGUGAUGGGACUCCGCCGGUCGCUGCCGCCGGUGCAGGACCGGGCGCGGCGGGUGGAGGCACCGGUCACGAUUCCGGGGAUGCCGGGUCCUCGGUUGCAGCUUCGGCGGGACCGAGAGGUUCGCCCGCGAAGGACAAAGUCCUCCACAGAAUGCAGCAGUUCAAGAGAGCCAGUCCGCGCAGGAUGGUGCACGGAGACCAGCGUCCGACAGCGGGCCGCGAGAAGGACGGUGUCCCCCCUCCACCCCCGGGACAAACGAGACAAGAUACUCCACAGCCUUUCAGCUCCGGCCUCCCCCCGCAGCCCGGGGACAGCGACGAGGCUCUGGCCCUGCGUCUGCAGCAGCAGCUGGACAGGGAGGCAGCGGAGGCCCGGACGGCAGACCUGGAGGACCGAGGCCUCUUCUUCUGUCAGAUCUGCCACCGAGCUUUGUCACAUAUGACACCCGAGGGGCGAACGCAGCAUCUCAACAGGUGCUUGGAUGACAGCGAAGAUAGCGCUCCUCCUCCUCCUCCUCCUCCUCCUCCUGCCGUUGUCUCCGACUGUCCCAUCUGUGGCAAGAAGUUCAAGUCCCAGAAGAGUCGCUCGGCCCACCUGAAGCGCUGCUCCUCGGACAUGGGUGUCGCUCCGGCUGUGCUGCUGCAGGUUCUGCAGAGACAGGCGGAGGAGACCCAGAAUGUCCCCACGGAUCCCACGCUUGCACAAACUGGUGGCACUAAAAGAAAAGGCCCGUCCAAACCGGGCCUGCCAACGAGGAAAAAGCCCAGAAAGAAGGAUGCGCCCCUGGACGAAGACACCAUGGUGGCCCUGGCUCUGUCCUCCUCCCUGCUGGAACAAGGGAAGCAGGCCGAGACGGAGUCAGAAACAAACACGGCUGCCUCCCACCCCUCCAUCACGGCGUCAUUAAAGUGGAGACCGGACAAAGGUAAAAGCCGCGGAAAGAGGAGAAAGGGCGGCGUCCUCCGCCCUCCUCCGCUGCUCCUGGUUCAGGAUGCACAGGCGGCUCUGGCGAGGCUGCAGGGUCGCGUCUCCGCUCUCCUCCUACGAGGCCGCGCGCCGUCCCCCCCCACGCCGCCCCGCCGCCCCAGCAGGCUGCCCGGCUGCAGCGGUGCUGCCGCGCUCUGGCAGAAGAGCGCGCUGCUGGGCGGAGGAGCCUCCACCCGUCCGUCUGAGUUCUACACCCCAGAGCUCCGGGAGUUCAUCACGCCGUGGGAGUCGGCUACGACGGAGGCCGCCAUCAACAAUCCUUCUGUCCAACCAGUGAGGGAAGGAACUCCUGUCCCAGGUUCCAUGGCCUCCAUCCCGUCUCCUUCCUCUCAGACGGCUCCCUCCUCCAGCCGGGCUCUCCUCGUGGACCUGAUGGAGCUGGCUGAAGAUGGCGUGACCCUCACCCAGUGCGGUCACGCUGCUUGGGGACCUGACAAAGGCGGGAGCGCCGCUCAGCUCCCAGACGUUCGUCUGAGCGGCUUCGUCGUGGAGGAGUCCGAGGAGCCGGCGGACCUCCCUGUGAGCGGCUUCCUCCCAGGACCAACGCGCACGCCUUCAGAGGACGCUCGCUGCCCAGGCGAUGAAGAGCGAGGCAGCCCCCCAUCAGUGGCCCUUUCCAGGCUGGCGUCAGACCUGAGCAGCAUGGUGAACAACCCUCAGCUCAGUGACUUGCAGCUGCAGGUGGACAGUGGAGAGGUGUUCUUCGCUCAUUCCUUCAUGCUGUAUGCUCGAUGCCCCCUGCUGGCAGAAAUGGUCCACGAGAGUGGUUUCGGUGUGCGGGAGGAAGGCGACCCGGCAGCCCAAAGAGUGUUGAUCAACGACGUCCCGGGGCAGGCGGUGUUGGUGUUGCUGCUGUACCUCUACACCGCCCGCUGCUCCGUCCCGGCAGCUCUUCGGCCUCAUGUACUGGAGCUGGCCGCCAGGUUCGACUUGCAGGAGCUCCAGUCGCUUUGCGAACAGGACCCAGACGAGGGAGACCACACGGACCAGGCCCUCACGGAGCUGCUCCGCUCCAUGUGGGACGAAGAGGACGAAGACGGCGAGGGGAUGGACACGGGGGGAGGAAGGGGCGAGGAGAGACAACCGGAAGGAGGCCAUCAGGGCGAGGACCUUGCGUCAGGUGACCGAGAGGGCCGCGAGGAGAACGUGAACGAGGAAGAGCUGGAGGAGAUCUACGAGUUCGCCGCCACGCAGAGGAUGAGGGAGGAGGGGGAGGAGGAGGAGGAGGAGGAGGAAAAAGAUGGAGAAGAAGUGCAAACAAAUCUGACAGAAUCCAAAAGAAGUCCAUCGGGCCUCCUCUUCACCGACCUGCAGCCGGACCCCAUCCUGGACCGCGGCUCGAGGCACAGCCCCCGAUACCGAGGACACCGGUCCCCCUGUGGACCCUCUCUGCUUCGGUCCUCAUCCAGCGCGGUCGACGGCCUUUCAAUCAGCCCUCCACCCGCUGCACCCAACAUGCCCGUCCCGGGGCGGUCUCCUGGUCCGGCGGGGGGUGCCGGCGGAGACGAGGCUACGAAGCGAGAAGGUUCCGGUCCUCGUAGGAAGGAACCAGAGCUCAUUGUUUUGUCCGACUCCAGCGAGGAGCUGGACGUGGUUCUUGGUUCCCGCAGUCCUUCGCCACAGAAGCUGCGCAGCUACACGCUGAUCAACCCUCGGCCGCAAAGUACUCGCUCUGUGGGUUUGGCGUUUAGUCCGGGGGAUCCGUCCGCUGGUCAAAGUCCACCAGGUACCUGGUGUGACCAGGAUCCAGUGGACUGUUCUCCGGAGGUGUCCUGGCUGAUCCCGUCCACCCCGGUGCAGCCCAGUAGAAGCACCACGGCGAGCUCCACCCAGACCAAGAGCAGCAUGUGCAGAACGCAGCUCUUCCCUAAAGGCGACACUUCUGCGUUCUCUUCUCCUGCUCCACCAUCGAACCACAGACAGCAGACCCCCCGCGGUGCGGGCAGCGGCCCAGCAGGGGGCAGCGCUGCCACGUUAAUGCCGGGCGACGCCUGUGGCUCCAGCGCCGACCUCAACCUUUGUUCUGAGCGACCCGGCGGUGGCGUGACUGAAGACGGGGCCGCGUGUGCCCUCGCCCCGUGCCGACCGACGCCCUCCAUGCAGGAGACACGUGUCCACGGCCCGCCCCGCAGCAGCACCCCGCUGCACCCGGAGCUCCACAAGGCCCCCGCUCUCCCCGCCGCCUCCCCGCUGCUCGGCCACCUCCAGCAGAGCUGGACCCGUCAGGGAAAGGAUGGGGCGCCGCCCGACAGGCGGGAGAGGACGGCGUUGGGAAGCUUUCGCCUGACGCCGCUGUCUGUCGCCACGCAACCUCCGUCCUACGGAGCUCUGACACCGAGGGGGGGCCAGUCCUCUCGUCCAAGUCACAGCAACAAGUCUGCGCUCCAGGGGAGCGGAGCGGGAAGCGCCGAGGGAGGGGCCGGCGGCGAUGAGGGACAGCAGGAAGACGCAGACGUCGCUGGAUCCACUUUCCCACAGAGCUUCAUGGACGAGCCCCCGAUGGCCUUCGAUGACUCGUGGGGUUUCGACGCAGCCGAUUUGGGGGCGAACCCGGGCCGCUUCAGUCUGGCGCUGGAGGAGAGCGGAGCCUCGAGCCAGCGGGGCGAGCGCAGCCCGGGGCCGUCCCCCCCCGCCCCCACCGACCAGCAGCCUUCGCCGUGCGGCACCGCGGCCCCCUCGCCGCCACCCGGAGCCCCCGGGCCACCAGGGGGCAGCGGCGCGCCGGCUCACGGGGGCCUCUCCUUCACCCCGUCGCCACCUGAGCCCCCCAGCCAGAGCGCUCACGGGGUCAUCAGCAGCCUCCUGGACUCCAAAAUAUGGGACAGCUGGGAAGAGGAAGACGAAGAGGAUCUCCCUCUUCGUCAGAGGGUGAACCCUCCCGCCCAGCUCAAGACGCCAGCAUCAUCACACAACAAAAGGCGUGCCACACUGGUGCCCAUCACCCCCCUGCCCCACUACUCCGACAUGGACACACCGGAGCUCAAGAACAAACUCAACAGGUUUGGCGUUCGGCCUUUGCCGAAGCGCCAGAUGAUCCUGAAACUGAAGGAGAUCCACCAGUACACCCACCAGCUGGUCAGCUCUGAGGAGGAGGAAGCUCCGACGAAGCCCCCCGCCUCCGGUUCAGAGUUCCCUGUCUCCUGCAGCCAGAGGGUGACGUUUAAAGAGCCCGACGCGGCCUCCCCAGAGGAGGCGGAGCCGCUGUCGGCCUCUCAGGGCUCCAACUCGUCUUCCACCAGUGGAGAAUCUGAGAGCCGGUCCAACCCCGAGCUGGGCCCCUCCUCGGACUCCGGCAGCGACGAGGGUGUCUCCGCCUCGCAGUCAGCCAACCGGCUGAAAGACACGCUGCGCGCCGUGCGCUCCUUCAUCCUGUCCAACCCCGAGCUGUACGGCCAGAUCCUCAAGUACCAGCCUCUGGUGCUGACCCGGCUCCAGGAGCAGCUCAAAGCGGCGGGGAUCCGUCUGGGCGCCGCCAAGCUAGUGGACUACCUGGACUCCCAGUGCAUCACCUUCACCACGGCCAAGCCGGGCCGGCCCGCGCCCCCCCGCAGGCGGGGCAAGAAGACGGGCGGGGGGGCAAAGGCGGCGGGCAGGAAGAGAGCCGCCACGGCCGUGAUUUAAUGUUUGAACAUCUGUCUGAAACUGGAAGCAGUUGUUCUCGGACGAUGGUUCAAGUUAACUUCAGGUUUUACUAAGAUGUGUUUUGUUAUUCAUGUAUUUCAAACCCAACGUGGAAAUAAGAUGGGUCAUUUGUAUUUAUGUAUAAUAGAUUGUCAUUUUGUGUGUGAGAAGGUACAACAACAAAAGAAGCACCAUCAUCAUCAUCUGGAUGAACGAGAAUAAUAAAUGUUUCAUUUAAGUCUGA